UUCGGAGUGCGGUUUCCUAUUGGCGUACAAUUUCCGGGACGUCCAUGUUAGCGGAUAAAGGACCGUAAACAGGAUUUUUACGAAGACUUUCAGCGAUUUUGUUGUUUUCUAGUGUAAAGGGACCCUCGUGAAUUCUCCAAAAUGUCAGGAGCAAACGCAUUAAAUGCCAAGCAGCCGCCGAUUCAGUCGACGGCAGGAGCCGUGCCGAUCCGCAAUGAAAAAGGUGAAAUUUCUAUGGAGAAAGUGAAGGUGAAGCGAUAUGUGUCGGGUAAGCGUCCAGACUAUGCCCCGAUGGAGUCCUCCGAUGAAGAGGAGGAGGAUUUCCAGUUUGUGAAGAAGGGUAAAGAGGCUGAACCAGAGAUGGAAAUUGAAGUGGAGGAAAAGAAGGACCGAGUGACAGUUGCAGAACGAGAAGCAGAGGAGCAGAGACAGAAAGAGCUGGAAAUCGAGGCCAAAAAACAGGCUGAAGAGAGGCGGCGCUACACACUGAAGAUCGUAGAGGAAGAGGCCAAGAAAGAGUAUGAGGAGAACAAACGUACUCUGGCUGCUCUUGAUGCUCUGGACACCGAUGGAGAAAAUGAGGAGGAGGAGUAUGAAGCCUGGAAAGUGAGGGAACUGAAGCGUAUUAAGAGGGACAGAGAAGACAGAGAAGCAAUAGAGAAAGAGAAAGCAGAAAUCGAGAGGUUUCGCACUCUUACUGAGGAAGAGCGAAGAGCAGAACUGCGGACAAAUGGAAAAGUUGUCACCAACAAAGCAACAAAGGGCAAAUACAAGUUUCUGCAGAAGUACUAUCACAGAGGAGCUUUCUUCAUGGAUGACGAGCAAGAUGUCUUCAGGAGAGACUUCAGUGCGCCAACUCUUGAGGACCAUUUCAACAAAACAAUCUUACCUAAAGUCAUGCAGGUCAAAAACUUUGGACGUUCCGGACGUACAAAAUACACGCAUCUGGUGGAUCAGGACACCACUUCAUUUGAUUCUGCCUGGGCUCAGGAGAGCGCUCAGAACAGCAAGUUCUUCAAACAGAAGGCUGGGGGUGUGAGAGACGUGUUCGAUCGGCCAACAGUGCACAAGAGGAAGACAUAAUCUUAUUUAUGGUAGAAGAGCAAAUUCAGCUCAAACAAGGACACUUUUAAACUUCUUUUUCCCCUCCAUCACCUUUGUUUUGCUAAUGAUAAAGUAAUCUCAUAACAAAGAACAUAAUCUUUAUUGCA